AUGUUAGAAGACGGGGAAUACGAUAUUGAUCUUCUGGCACUCUGGGUUCCGUCGGAAGCGACCGGACCCGUCAACAACAGCAAUAAUGCCGGCCACGGCCAGGGCCAAAGACUAUGGAACAAUACAGGUUCAGGCCCUAGCAGCACCACCACUAAUACUACUACUGGAUCUGUGGCUAUAAGAUAUGGAUUCAUACCUGAAGGGAUGGAUUCCAAGGGACCACUCACUAUGUACUUUAGCGAACAAGAAUGGCUUCUACAAGCAAGCUCAACCGACAAGAAGCCGAUCAUAUUUGAAGGUUUAGAACAACAUCUGAGUAGUUUGGGAGGAGAUGAAAAUGACUCGUAUUAUUUUGUCUAUGAUCCAAAAAACACUCCCAAUCAGAUCCAAUUGAAGCCACUCAGCACGGCUAUAAGGUUCAACAAGUCAAGGAACGCCCAACGACUACAGAAACGGAUCCAGAAGUGGCAUGACGACAACGAAGGUAAUACCACUGUGGGUGGUGAUGGCAAUAGACAAUCAACUACGCUGAUCAAGAGUCCACCCAAGAUACAGAGAGAGCAACCACGUCAACACUCCUCGUUAAAAAGGCCUCCUGUAAAGAAGACAGACUCCAAUAUCAUUAGUGAAUCUGAUUUUGAAGAUCUAGACGAAGAAGAAGAAGGAGAAGAUGUUUCAUUCCCAGUGUUUGAGAUCAAAGAUGAUGAUGAUACUAAAGAACCCCCGGCCAAGCCUAAGGCGUCUAGAAAGCCUAUGGCGAACAAGCAGCUAUUCAAAACUAGAAAAAAAGAUUCUCUUGAAGACGAUUUUAAGGAUCUAGAAGACCAACUAGCUGAAGUUUUAGAGGACGAAGAGAUUGGAGACGACGAACAAGAACAAGAACCAGAAAAAGAUUCCGAUCAAGAAAAGGCAACUGAAAAGGAGCCUGAAAAGGAAGCAGAGCAUGUAAUACAAGACCAGUUUAAUUCCAGUAAUGGCCUUAGCCACGAAUUUGAUUCGGACUCUGACGAAGAUGGUGAUUCAGAUAAUAACAAUAAUUCAGCUAGCAACACUAUGCCUGUGGCAUCUUCAGUAUUGUUAAUUAAUGAUGGAGAGGACGAUGAGAAACCAGUUACCAAGACCCCAAGCGCCUUUGAAGGAGCAUUUGAUUCCGCAAAGAAACCGAUGAGCUUGAGACAAUUGAUAGGUGGUGGGUCUAACGACGAGGAAGAUAAUCUUAGUAUGAGUGAAGAAGAGUAA